GCCCAAACUAUAGCAGCAGCAGCCAAACACACCCUAAAUUUUUAUUUUUAUUUUUCAAAAAAAAAAAAAUUCCAUCUUUAUUUAUUUUUUUCUUCUUAUAUCCUCUGCUUCAUUCGGCUGCGGAUAACUCUCCUCUGUCGGUCUUUUCUCUCUCCUCCAUUCCUCCUAUAUUUUGCUUGUCGGUUUAAUCUUUACCCUAAAAUUUCCCCCCUAUUUCUUAUUUUCUCUCUCCUCAAAUCUUCCCGCUCUAUCUCUUUCAUUUUCUCUCUCCUCCAAUUUUUUUUGAGUGUUCUUUGAUCACAUUUUACCUUUUGAGUUUUCUCUUCGUUUUGAUCAGUUGAUCAUUUAUCAUUUUUUCUACUCUGUUUUCUAUAAGUUGAUUAGGGUUUAUGAUUUUUGUGUUCAUCACUCAACAUUCGAUUAAUCCGAGCUCGACCCAUUAUUCCUCGAGUGUUUAAUUUUUCUGGGUUUGCUUUGGAUUUUUGAAGUAGUUCAGUAAUCAUGGUGGAUCUAAAUGACAAAAAAUCAUCAGACCCAGAUGGAGUUUCCUCAACAGAAAUCAAAGAGAAUGAGAUCAAACGAUGUGCAGAUUGUGGUACCUCUAAAACCCCACUAUGGAGAGGCGGACCUGCGGGGCCCAAGUCACUCUGCAAUGCAUGUGGAAUCAGAAGCAGGAAGAAGAGAAGGGCAAUUUUGGGAUUUAAAUCAGAAGAGAAGAAAUCAAGGAAGAUCAACAAUGGCAGUAGCAUGACAUCAUCAUCAUCGUCGUCAUCAUCAUCUAGUAGAUUUGGUGGGACCCCUCUUCAUCAACGGCUGAUAGCGCUCGGAAGGGAGGUGAUGAUGCAAAGAUCAACGGUUGAUAAGAAGCAACAGAGAGGAAGGAAGAAGUUGGGUGAAGAAGAACAAGCUGCUGUUCUUUUAAUGGCUCUUUCUUAUGGUUCUGUUUAUGCUUAGAAUUUAGUACAAGAUUAAAUGGGUUUUUGCUUACUAAUUCCAUAUUAAUUAGGUGAUUAAGGAGUAAUUAGUAGUAGUAAUUUUUAGUUAGUGAGAUGGAUAAAAAGUGAGGUUGAAGAAUCAAGAAAAAAAAAAGUGGAGUAUAAAAAAAAGAAGUUUCUCCUUUUAUUAAAGCUUUUGAGAUAAAAUUGGCUUUAUUGUGGAGAAUUGGAGAUUGAAAGAGUAAAUUUUCUCCUUCGUGUUUUGAGUGAGCUAAAGUUUGUUGAUAAAUAUUAAUUUUGAAUUUUUAAUUGUUCUCGAAUAUACUAAUAGUCUAAUAGACGUGAUAAGUGUUGCUUUGUA